AUGUCUUCUACUGAUGAUUUCGUUGCAGAUACCACGCCUGAACUCAUGUUUCCGUUUUAUCAUCAUCCUUUAUCAGCCUACGAUUAUUCAUCAAGCUAUAUUCUUCAAGAGAAGGCAUAUUGCUGCUUUAUGUGUGUUUAUUCCCUCUUUGACAAAGAACCCAUGCUUUUGCCUGAUAUCGACUAUCACUGUACGGAGUGUGGCUUGAAUAUGCACAAGAAAUGCAUCAAGCGCCUUUUCCUCAACUGGCCAUUUCUAUGCAAUCACGUUCUCAAUAUCUUCCAAAAUACUUUCACAUCAUCUGACAAUAUAGAUGACUUCUCUUGUCAUUUUUGUCAAAGUAGGAUUAAGUCGUCGUUUGCUCGUUUCACGUUAUGCAACAUAAACGUGGAUGAAAAGUGUAUGGUGGAACUGCAACCACCACUCAAAAUUUCCGAACCAAAGCACCACAAGUAUAGCCUCACCAUCUUGUUAUGGCUAGUCACCUUCAUAUGUAGUCCUUGUGGUGUGGAAGGCGAUCACAAUCCUUAUGUAUGUCUUGAAUGCAGUCUGAUGGUUCAUAGAGAUUGUAUUGAGGAUCUACCGCGAGUCAUAAGCAUAAAUCGUCAUGACCAUCGCAUUUCUCAUACUUUUCAUCUUGGUGAAAGAGAAGGAGGUUGGGAGUGUGGAGUUUGUCAAACGAUGAUUAAUUGGGUCUACGGAGCAUAUAAAUGCUCUCGUUGUCCUAGUUAUGUCGUUCAUUCAGGAUGUGCUACAAAAAAAGAAGUGUGGGAUGGGUUAGACCUCGAAGAUGUGCCUGACGAAGAAGAAGAAAUCAAAGAUCCAUUCAAGGUAAUAAAUGAAAACGGAGAUAUCGUUCAUAUUAGUCACGAAGAGCAUGUUCUCAGAUUGGAUGAGAAUUAUGUUACGGAUGAUGCUAACAUGCGUUGUCAGUGUUGCAUUCUUGCUAUCAACGGUGAUCCAUGCUACCGAUGCGUGGAAUGUGACUUCAUCCUUCAUGAUGCAUGUGCAAAUCUUCCACGGAAGAAGCAACAUUUAUUGCACAAGCAUAAACUCACUCUUUCCUCGACAUGUAUUGAUGGAGAAACAUAUUGUCAGUGUAAAGUUUAUGAUGUCUAUACGGAUGGUUUCAUAUACAAGUGUCAUCAUGAAGAUUGCGAAAGUAAAUAUAUUAACUAUGAUGCUCGGUGUAGUUCUGUAUUGGAACCGUUUCACCACGAUCUGCAUCAACAUCCCUUAUACUUUACCUUGCAAAGUUCGAGACGGUGUCAGGCGUGUGACAGAGAAAUACACGAUGAUCCCUUAAAUUGCACGGUCUGUGAUGACUACUCUUUAUUCAUGAGGUGCGCUACUUUACCAAGAAAGGUAAAACACAGGUGUGAUGAUCAUUUUCUAUCACUAUGUCAAGGUGUGGGAAACGCAAUCGGUGACUUAUGGUGUGAUAUUUGUGAGACGAAGACAAACUGA